UUGCGGGCCGCAGAGGUCGAGGAGGCGGCCAGGCAACAGGGACCCCCCCCCGGCGGGAAUCGAAGAUCCGGGGCCCCGUGCGGAUAUCGGGGGCUCGGGGUCCCCGCGCGUGGCCUGACCCGCAGUGUAGACCUGCGGGGGAUGCGAGUCUGGGCGAGAAGAGCCUGUCUCCACUUCUCGCGAGGGUGGACCUUAUUUCCCCCACCGCGGCCUUCCAUCGGCGGUUUAGAAAACGCGGAGCAACGGAUUUCCGCGCAGCAGGAGCUGAGCGGCGCGCGCCCGCGCUGCGCAUGCUCAGUGCCGCCGCUCCGUCAGGCUCGCGGCUCAGCAGCGGCGAGCUCCCCGCCGCCCCUCAUGGCGGCCCCCGAAACCCUCGGGGGCCCCGUCCUGAAAGAUGUUGUGGCGUAUGUAGAAGUGUGGUCAGCCAGUGGAACAGAAAAUUAUUCAAAGACAUUUACAAAUCAACUUGCGGACAUGGGGGCAAAGGUUUCAAAAACUUUCAACAAACAAGUAACUCACGUUGUGUUCAAAGACGGGUACCAGAGCACCUGGGCCAAAGCGCAGAAGAGAGGGGUGAAGCUCGUCUCAGUGCUCUGGGUUGAAAAAUGCAGGACAGCUGGAGUGCACAUCGAUGAAGCGCUGUUCCCUGCAGCUAAUCCCAAUGAGCACCUACCAAGCCUAAUGAAAAAAAAACGCAAGUGUAUGCAGCCCAAAGAUUUUAUGCCUAAAACACCAGAAAAUGAUAAAAGACUGCAAAAGAAGUUUGAGAAAAUGGCUAAAGAGCUGCAGCAGCAGAAGACCACUGUGGCUGACCACAUCCUAUCUGAUCUGCCUGUCCUGCAGCCUCACCUCAGCUCUGCCCCUCUCUGCUGUCAGCCUUCAUACCUCUGCCAUUUGGCCAUCUUUCCUGCACCAGUGAUAGUGUAUUUGGAAAGAAUUCAGCAAAAUGAUAAUGAUGUUCCUGUUCUCUUGUUUGAAUCUAAUGGCUCCUUGGGGUACAGUCCCACAGUUAAAAUCUGCAGUGGCCACCACAGUGCAGUGGAGAAGAGGCUGCAGGAGAUGAAGGAGAAACGGGAGAAUCUUUCCCCCACCUCUUCCCAGAUCGUUGAAAAGUCUGACGAUAACACCGUUAAUGCUCUGUGUGAAGCAUCUUUGAACCUUUCGCAUGAUACUUUGUGUUCAGAGGACUCCUUUGCUGGUGUUCUGCACUUGUCUUUUGAUGAUCUUUGUGGGAGCUCUGGAUGUGGGACCCAGCAGAGGAGACUGGGAGGAUUCCUUGACGAAAGUAAAAGCGCUGCGUGUGCUUCCUCAGCUGUGUUGAAAGCGAGAAGUGUCCGUCCGCCAGCAACUCCCGGGCCCCUUGGUCAGUUAACCCUUCACCAGUCCCCCGGCAGCCUUUCCAAGGGAGACACCCACCGGCAGAGGGUUGCUGCGGGCCAAGUCAUCACCCCCGACGUGAAGCCAGCACGGGAGCCGGCUGAGGGGGUGUUUGAUGAGAAGAGGGGCCUGUCUCCUACGCCAUCUGUAACAAAUGAGCCCGCCGGGGGCCCUUCAUGUCCCCAGAGCCCCUCAGCCACGAGAAGAAGGGUGUCGGCGAACUCCAGUCCACCCCCGGAGGAGAGACUGAGCAAGAGGCGGUGCCUCGGGUGGCCCCCCGCGCCCCGGCUACAGCUGGAGAACAGCCCGAAGUGCGCGAGCAGCUCUGCCGUGGAGACUCUGGGCCGCGGGGAGUCCUCGUACGAUGAUUACUUUUCUCCCGAUAACCUCAAGGAGAGGGACUCGGGGAGCCUCCUUCCCAGGGUGCAGCCGCCCGCCGGCCCUGCCCUGCUCCACUGCAUGAGGAGCCUUUCCAGGAGAGAGAGGACCAGCCUCCUGGAAAGGGCUGACUUCUCCUGCAUCGGCAGAAGCCCCAGGUCAGCCGGUGGUACCGACUCAACGGUGAAGGCUGGCUUCCGUCUCCAGAAGCCUGCAAACUACGGAGCUGAUCCGGGCUUGAGCAGCGUGACUUCUAAGGAAACGCGUGCUGCUGAAGGAACCCCAGGGGACUGUCCCCGGGCCGAGGCUCGGGGAGGGGGAGACGCCCGCCCGGGCGGGAGUGACUCUCCCCAUACCCUCAACGGACUCACUCCUCAGAAGGGACUUCGAGGUGAUUUUACUUCUUUAAAAGGAAGCAAUAAAGAAGUGAAAGGAUGGAUUGACAUAAAAAGCACACAGAAAGAAGAUACUCCUAAAAUGGUGAAUUCCCCUGAAAGUGAAGCACAAAGUGAUGAUAAGCUAAACUUUGUAGGCGACUGGGAUGUGGAAAAGUCUGCAGAGGCAAUGGAAGAGUUACCCCGAGGAUGUAGUGAAAGUGUUAAAAGAGGACCAGCAAGGCAUGAUGUUUUGGAUGGCUCACGGGAAGGCUUCAAGGAUCUCGUCAGACCUCACGAGGAAUCAAGGAAGAGAGAGAAAGGCCAGAAGCCAACAAGAACAUUAGUCAUGACAAGCAUGCCAUCUGAAAAGCAGAACGUGGUCAACCAGGUUGUGGAUAAACUGAAGGGCUUCUCCUUGGCCGGGGAGGCGUGUGGCUGCCCCACGCACGUGCUCGCCAGGAAGCCCCGCCGCACCCAGAACGUGCUGCGGGACAUCGCAAGCGGCUGCUGGAUUCUCUCCUUCGAAUGGGAAAAGUGGAGCUCGUGUUAUUUAUGAAGAUGUUUGGACUUCACAUUUAGCUACACUGGUGGAAUGCUGGGUCACCCUGCUCUCUACUUAGCAGGAUGUAAAAAGUAGCUAACCAUGAGCAGUGAAGCUCUGAAAUCCAAGAACCAUCCGUUUUCAUUUCUUCAGCCUGAAAAGAUGGAGUAAAGCAUAAGCGGAACAAAUCUAACUUGAAUGCCUGCGUGUGAUACAGCCAGACUUGUUUGUAAGAAGGUACUGUGGUCUUUGGAAAUGGGUCAUUGGAUUUCCGAGGAACCGUUUGAAGAGUCAGACUACUUCCCUGCAGCUCCUAUUCAGUCACUCAGCACAAGGUCUUUGCCUCAGAGAACCACCCGCUGCUGCCGUGAAGGAGACACCGCUCAACCCGUGGCUGCUGCUAACAGCCCGCCCCGGCGUCCUCAGACGCUCAAGUGAGGGGAGGGGUGGACGCAGGAAGGAUGCCUUUCUCCACCGUCACGUCUGCCGCCUGUGUGUGUUGUGGUUUUCACAUGAAGAAAGCUCCUUUGUGUGGCUUUCUGAUACCUGAGUGUGUGUCUCAGAGGAGCACUGACCCGCCCUGUUGGGCCUUUUCUAUUAAAGCCAGUCUGUGUGUCCUAGUUAUGAUCAUAAUUGAGAGGUC